GCCGGACUGCGAGGGACGGUACUCCGGAGGAGCUCGGAAAGCUAACCAUUGUAAGGGCAGCCGGUCGUCCCAGGCCGGCAGCGACGACGACAGGGAGGUGCCAUGUCCGCCGGCAAAGUGCUGGCUCUGGUUGUGGUUGUUGCAAGCUUUGCGAUAGUUGCCGUCGCCGUCUCAUGGUGCUGCUGGUGCGUGCGCAGCCGCUUCGGCACAGCCGACAAGAGCAUCCAGGCCGUCAAGUCGGUGGCCACGGUCGCCGACACCAUGGACUCGUCGGCACGGGCAGCCAAGAGCUCACUGCUCUCGGCGACCUUCCCGACGACGGCGACGACGGCGACCAUGACCCACCCGCGGGCCACCGCCAGCGAGCCCCGGAUGCUCAACCCGGCCGCCGAAGUUGACGCCCCGGUGAAGCAGUCGCUGCCCCCGUUCACCAGUGCCAUCUACCCCUCGGUGGCUGAGAGCGCUUGCACUACGCCCAGCACCACAGACGCAGCGAAAACGCCCGAGGUGCCGACACCCAAGCCUGCGGAAAGCCGUGCUACCUCGUUGCUACCGAAGGCUACGCAACCAGACGACAACGACCAGCUCUGGAAACCUUUUCCAGGCGUCAGCGAUGGCUUGCAGAGGAGGAUAUCGAAAGUCGACCUGUUCAUCUGCGAAGACAACACAGCCACACCGCAGUCCGUGAGGCGCUCUUCCCAAAUCUCUGCGAGGGGCUCUGGAGCGGAUGGCCUCAAGCUGACAAAGCUAGAAGCCGGCACCGAGCACGCUUCAGCAGUGAAGGCUCUGGAACUGGGAGACUGUGAUGAAGAAAGUGCCUCGAGUAUCUUUGAGUCUGCCAGCGCCACGACGCCGUCUCGAAGGAAUUCUGAAUCGACAGAGUCUGUGACUGGCAGCUUAUUAGGCAAUGCAGAAGCCGAAAGAAAGUUUCUGGAUCACAAAUCCACGCGACAGUGCGGCAGUGGUACUCUACCCGGCGGCAGCUCUGCGACCCAGCCAACACCAGAAUGCCGUACUCUGGCUGUGCUCAAUCCAAGUGAGCAGCGAUCAUCCCGGAUUCCCACGGACCGAACUGGUCCUACCAUGGGCUGCGAAGAACUCAUGUUCCCCAAGCAGCAGCCGAAGGCGCCCUCGUCUCCGUACAAGGAUACCUCGCAAGUAGCUAGUGCUGCACGAGGUCCUCUCUACACUGCGGUCAGGGGGAAAAAGGACGGUGAAAGGAGGCCCAGCUUUAUGAUGCCCAUGGAAUCCGACAAGUUCGAAGGUUUCACCAAGGCGCGAGGUGCCACGACUAGGCCGACAAAAAGAGCCGGAGGAAAGCUUCUGGAGAAAGCUGGCGUAAAGCAAACUGAAUCGUUGUGGGCCGGAAAGCGGUCCCUCUUAAGGAAAGCGCAAAAAGCUGCGGCGUUGUCACCGAGAAAGGGCAGCGGCACGCCGGAGGUGUCUAUCGUCAUCAACGUUCCCAAGAAGGAGAUGUCUCUGCUCGAGGUGACUAAGGAGCAGAUGCUGGCAAGUGCUAAUCCCUGCUCUGCCACAGCGAAGAAAGAAUCUCUAUGAGAAUUUUUUCAAUACAAACUGUUGUGUGUU